AUGGGUCGCACGGGCUACGAAACGACCAAUUUCCGUAACUCCGGCUCCGAUCCCAACAACCCGCCGCUCCGCAAAGCCGGUGUGGGUUUGAUCACCCCUCCUCCCUCUUCCUCGUCGCAAGAUCCAAAAGGAGGAGGGAAGGAGCGCGCCAAUACGCCUUCCGGUUCUGCCGUCGGAGCUCACCAGACUCCUCCAGCGCACCUUCCUUCCGUGAGAAGGUGUGCUGACUUCCGAGAAGCUGUGAUUGAGCCUUUCCCAGUUCUGCCUCAGAGCCAGAGGCAGUCUCGUGGGUUUGGUUUUCAAGUCGGACCUCGAGGCUAUGGCGUAGGAGGUGGUAAUCGCCCUAGAGCAUUGAAAAUCCAGACAGCAGGUGGCAAGAACAACUCAAUCGAUGUUGAGAUGAGCGGUACUCCAUUGUCGGCUGGGCCCUCAAGCACUGGAGCUGUCAUCGGCAUUGGCGAUGACGCGCAUCUGAUAACACCUCGCGCCUCUCAGUUUGAGCUACCCGGUAACUAUUCCAGGGGCGCUUCUCGAUUCUCUCAACAGCCCCGGCACUUCGAUUCCUCUCCAUCUCGUCAUCAGGCAUACGGCCAGUACCCGGAUGGUCUCCCUCCUCCUCCACCACCCAAUAUCCUCCGUUCACAAGCAUCUCAGUUUGGUCUCACAAUCAACAAAAGCAGCAGUGGCGGCAACGGCAACUCUCACACCCAGUCCCAAGGCUUACGCUCACAGCCCUUCAACUCCAACACCCCUCCUUCGGACUCGUCCAAGCGCAACGCAUUUGCUUCGGAUACCGCUGAGCCACCUCGGUUCGCUCGCAGCGGCAACAUGACCGCCCGCCAGUAUCAAGAGCCUAUCGGAAACGCGAAGAUCUUUGAUACUGUUACCGGUACCUACGACCUUGGAACAAACGACGCAAGGGAUUUGUACAUGCGAAGGGUAACCCCACACCCUGACCCGUGGCCGUUGGAUUUGGAUUUUUUUUUGAAAAAACGGAGUUAUCCCCAGGAGUUAAUGACCGCUGCCGGAAGCACACCUAGAGCCGCCCCUACUCCCGGAACCACCGCAACAACCAUCGGGUCUACAGUCAGACCGCCGCCCGAGUUCAACAUCGGACCCGGAUCUGAAUUCGCAUCUGGACCCAGACUCGAGGACCGUAGCUUUCCUUUCUUUCCGCAACCAGCGACCCAGGCCGAGAAAGAUCGGCGGAGGAAGGCGACGCUGGAUGCUGGGUAUGCGCAGUUGUUGGCCAAGAGGCAAAAGCGACACCACUAA